AUGGGGCCCCGAGCGUCCGCGUGGUUGCGGGCAAGGGGGCGAUCUCGCGGGUGUAGAUUUCUGGGGCAUGGGCGUGCGCAGGCGCGCACGGUCGCGGGGCACGGUGCGUGCUUGCGAGCUGACUGUGUCGCUCUCAUCAUUAACUCCGCAACUGGUUGCUUUGAGGCUGGUAUUUCCAAGGAUUGUCAGUCCCGUGAGCACGCCUUGCUUUGCUGCUGUAACAAGAUGGAUGAGAUCGUGAAGGAGGUGUCUUCUUACCUUAAGAAGGUUGGGUACAACCCUGAUAAGAUCCCAUCUGCUCUCAUCUUUGGCUUCAAAGGUGACAACGUGAUUGAAAGGACAGUGGUCACAUUUGGCCCGUUAGGCAUCACCACUGAGGUUAAGUCCGUUCAUAUGCACCUCGAGGUAAUGCAAGAGUCUCUCCCUGGUGACAAUGUUGGUUUCAAUGUGAAGAAUGUUGUUGUCAAGGACUUGAAGCGUGGUUAUAUCAACCAGAGCCGACGAACGACGAUCCAGAGGCUGAGGAUCGCCGACCCCAGACCCUUCGGACCAAUCGCCGUCAACCUAGGACUGCCGCAAGCCGCCGCCCGACGAUGCAGCCCCGCCGGUGACCCCGCGCAACACGCCCGACGACCCAACACCACAGCACGCGACCCAACAUCGAGCCUGACCUGA